AAGGAAAACCCCAGACUCCUGCAGCAAGGCAGAGAUGAGGAUGUGCGUGGGGGCUCUGCCGCCCUGCUCAGCCCUCCUGCUCCUGGGGCUCAUGCUUGGUGCCGCGGUCGGGCUUGACUGUGUUGGGGACACCUAUCCUAAUAGCGGCAGAUGCUGUCACGAAUGCCAGCCUGGUAACUGGAUGGUAAGCCGCUGCGACCAUACCAGGGACACUGUGUGCCUCCCCUGUGAUCCCGGCUUCUACAACGAGGUGGUCAACUACUACACCUGCAAGCCCUGCACGCAAUGCAAUCAGAGAAGUGGGAGCGAACUUAAGCAGAAUUGCACAUCCACGCGGGACACCGUCUGUCUCUGCAGGCCAGGCACUCAGCCCCUGGAAAGCUUCAAGCCUGGAGUAGACUGUACCCCCUGCCCUCCAGGCCACUUCUCCCCAGGGAACAACCAGGUCUGCAGGCCUUGGACCAACUGCACCUUGGCAGGGAAGCGUACUCUGCACCAUGCUAGCCCCACUUCGGAUGCUGUCUGUGAGGACAGGAGCCCCCCAGCCACACUGCCUUUGGAGACUGAGAGUCCUCCGGCUAGACCCACUACUGCUCAGCCUACCUCAGCCAGGCCCAUGACUUCACAGGGGCUCGGCACAACCACCUCUGAGACCCCCAAGGACCCCCCGCUUGCUGCAGUCCUGGGCCUGGGUGUAGGCCUAGGCGUACUGGCCCCCCUGGCUGCUCUGCUGGCCCUGCAUCUGCACCGAAGAGCUUGGAGGUCACCCCCUGGAGGAAACAGCUUCCGGACCCCCAUCCAAGAGGAGCACACUGAUGUACACUCCACCUUGGCCAAGAUCUGAGCAGGGUCCACUGGGGCGAAGCCGCAGCCCCCAGGUUGGACCAUGUGGGAUCAUGGGGUGCCCCAGGUACAGGUGCUGUGCACUGCUGCCCACCUGCACCCAUCUGUACCGUUUUAGGUGCAGCUGGGCUGGCUCCCCGGGCUCUACUACGUAUGUUGUGCAUACUCCCUGCCCUGGUGGAGCCCCAAUAAAAGUGUUGGCAAAUGUGGGUCUCUGACUGAGCACCAGUGGGCUGGGGGCCAUGCUCACUUCCGGCUAGCCAAGGUAGGGGUGGGGGUAGGGAGUUCAGCUAGAAUGCCCGGGAGACCUGUCUUCAGGUGAGGUGCAUUCUAGUUUCUGUGAGCUGAUGGGUGGACAUGGGGACCGAAAAGGCCAAAAUGAACAUACUCAAGGGACUCAGACCAGGUCGUGUAUAAGUGGGCCCUGGGCCAGGUGCUGACAAGACCAGGCAGGAGCUCCAGCGUCCUGGUUGACAAAGCAGCCUAUGAGGGACUGACCCCCUUGGGUCGCUCUGUACUUGGUGGAGAGAAUAUGAGACCCCACACUCUGCCAUACCCCAGGUAGUAGUGGCAUUGGGGUGCUGCUUGGGAGUGCCUGAGAGUGGAAGCACAUGGUGCUCAUAUCUUUGCAGUAGGGCUUUCAAUGGAAAGUUCUGGAGGUUUCUGAUGGACCCAGCCAUUCCACUGCUGGGUACUUACCUAAGAGGAACAAGUGCCCUUGGGUGCAAACAAAAAUGUUCACAGCAGUUUUAGGUAAAAUAAACCCAAUGCAGAAAAAGCAAGUAUCCACCAAUAGAAGGGGGGGGGGAGACAAACUGCAACAUAUUCAGACAUGCUCACUAACACCCCGAAUGUAGUUUUGAAAGGAGACCAGGCAGUGACCUCAUCUCAGGCCCCAGGGUUCCCCACUGACUGCACAAAGUCCUCUGGGCCAGUGUCUGGAAGUGGAAGUGUCCUUCACGUGGCUUGAGUGCAUGGUGUGAAAUACUGCAUCCAAGCCACCCCUUGUGACAAACACUCCAUAAACUAGAAGCAGAAACUGUACAGGAAGCUCUGGAUCCAGCAUAGGAAUGGCCUAUCUUACUUAAUAUGUGAGCAAUGAGGACAGUGAAGCCCAAGCCAAGGCAUCUGUAACGCAUGGGAGGGGAAGGUUGGUGUUCGUAAAGGGUUUAAGAUCUAAAUAAAACACCUCUGGGAAGAAGGUGGGAGAAGGGGGAGAGUGUGAGGAGAGGAAUCAAGGAGAAAAAUAGAGAGGCAAGACAUUUGUGGGACACAGAAGUGGAUGAUUGUCGAUAACAUAUUGUAUCUUCAACAGGACUGGAGGAGGUGCAUUCGCGUUGGGUAGAUUUACUUUGCAGGUUGUGGUGAUGUAUAGUUAUUGAAUGCAUAGAAUAGGUUGAAAUAAAAACAAAAUAAUAAUAAUAAUAAUAAUAAUAAUAAUAAUAAAAGACCUAAAUAAAGCACCUCUGGCCCAGCCACUGUGGUUCAAGUGACUGAGGCCACAUGGGACAUCUGGGUUCAUUUGCCAGCCUGAACGGUUUAGGUGUAGUGGUGCAUGCCUGGGAGGUUGGGAGCUGGAGCAGGAUUGUGGCAAGAGACUCUCAAAAAAUACCUCUCUCUAUUGGGCUGGCCUUGUAGCCUAGUGU